AUGGCCACUUGUUCAUGAAAAGAGGGCUCAGAGAUAAAGGAUGUAAGGAAGCAUUUACAAUUAACUAAUUUUGAGUACUGCAGAUUUUAACGUCACCACUCCCACAACCUGAAGUACAAUCCAGACGGCCGACGCAAGUUCAUUUUCUGCAGCUGUUCUUUUAGCUAAAAGCAAAUAAUCAAGUUUUAAUUCAUUUUUCCUCCCUAAAUCUUACACAAGGGCAGAAUUUAAUACAAGUCAGUUUUUGAUUGGAAGCUUACCUUCGUCAAUCCCUUUGAAGUCAUGGACUCACCAGGCAUUCAACCAGUGUUCUCGAGCAUGCUUUUAGCACAUGUUGUUCACACUGGACAAGCAGGGAGGGGCUUCCUCUUUUUAUCUAUUUUUUUCUUUUCUUUGUUUAAAUUUAUUUUUCACUGGGCGGAUUCCCCGGGGAAGACCCAGGAUACGCUGGAGAGACUACGUUUCUCGGCUGGCCUAGGAAUGCCUUGAGGUCCCCCCAGAGGAGCUGGAGGGAGUGGCCGGGGAGAGGGUAGUCUACACAUUUGCUUAGAUUGCUGCCCCUGUGAACCGGUCCUGGAUGAGUGGAAUAAGAUGGAUGGAUGGACUGCUUAUUAGCACAUGUCUGCGACCUACAAUUGGAUCAGGCAUGGUGCAAAAUCUUAGUGUGGUGCAAAUCUCACUAAUCUUGAUCCAGCUUUUUCCCUUUUACAGCUCUCUUCAGAUAUAUAAAAGACCUCAUGUCAUAUAAUUCACAAACAGAAAUGAGUAGUUUCUCCUCUAUGAUCAGUCUUCAAACUAUUGACACUAAAUUAGAAAGUAUGCCAUCCAUAUGUCACUACUAAAUCCAAGUCCCUGAUUGGUCAAAGUUCAAUCUGGUUAAACUAUGCAUUUAAUAGCAAUAUGUUGUACAAAAAACAUGAGCAUUUUUUUUAACAUUGAAGCCUGAAAUACACGUUUACAUGUUUUUGUUUUUGUUUGUUUUGUUUGUUUUUGGAAGUAGUCGCUUGAAAAUGUGUUGCUGACGUCAGUGUGAACUCAGUUUGAAGUCCAGCUCUCUGUAGCUGUUACAACCGUGGAACAAGCAUAAAGAUGUUACAUCUUCUUUUACAUUGUACCCAAUUAUUGGUUUAUCUAAAUCAUAAAGAUUAAUUUUAGACAGAAAUGGAAACAAUGACACAAAUAUUGAUGCACAUAAAGUAUAUCACUCAAUUUGUGUCUUUUCUUUUAUCUACUUUCCAUUUCACACUUCAAAGCUUCUCCAGGUCUUCAGAGUGAAUCUUAAGGUUUUGAAGCUUCUUAAAUAGACGUCUCUGUGGUGUAGUGGUUGGCGCUGUUGGUUCACAGGAAAAAAGGUCCCGGCUGAAGUCUUUUUGGCGUGGAUUUUGCACGUUUGGGUGUUUAUCUGUUAAUACUCCAGGGAAACCCUCCUUGUACUGACAGAUGGAUACUAAGGCCUCAGCAUCAUUAUUUGACCUCUGAACCUAGAGAAUGCAGCUGAUGGAUGGACUUUCGUUGACAGUAACUGAUAUAAGUAAAGAUAUAAACUUUUCAAGGCCUUCCUAAAAGAGGGUUUUAGCCAGCUCUGUAAGAGCACAUAAUGAAAUGUUUGUCACUACAGGAGGAAUUAUGACUUAAAAGAUUUUUCCGAACUCCCCCUGCAAGCCUGUUUUGUUUAAUAAAUAAAUGUUGCACAAUCGCGCUGCCCCAGUUAAAGACCAGUUAAAAGAGAUCACUGAAAGCUUAACACUGCCUUGACUUUUAUCUCCGUGGCAAAUGUGUGUAAACAUCAGGCCACGGGCGUUCAGCGGGGCUGGAUUGUGCAAAGCGCUCAUCUGAACCCAACGCUGGUGUCAGUGGAGGUCAGGAAGACUUUGUGGGUUAAAGAAAAGACAGAUGAAGACAAGGGGAGAGGCCCAGAGAGCUGCCAGGCUGAAGGAACGGGCACAGUUUGAAGAGCGAAUGAGAGCAAAAGUAACAGAUGGACUUGGGAGGAUUAGAGGGAAAAUCUGGGCGAGUUUCUGAUGGAAAACCCGACCAAGACUAAAGAAAGGGUGAUGAGAGACGGCAGAGAAGAUGAAGAGCAGAAAAUUCACGCUACAGAAGACUGACCGGACUCCACUGACGGUAACGGUUCAGACGAAGGCAGAAUGAGACAAUCUCAGGACAAUCUACUUCACCCCAGAUUAACGCACAUUACCGAAUCCUGAGGGAGACCUGAGAUUUCUGGAUUUACGGUUUCUUCGUAAACUCAAUCCCUCCCCAGGAUGAGAGGGGACAGGUUGAAGAACAGGAUUCACCGUGAGGUUGGGACUGAUUAGUGGCGAAAUCCACAGGAUAAGAAUUAAGCCUUCAUCAUCGUCAUCAUCCUCCCUGGGGGAGGCGGUGAAAAUAUAUGAAAAGUGAGAGGAGGUGGUAGCGUGGCGCCGGGAUCUCGUCUCGGCUGGCGUGUGUCGUAACACACGAAGAAACAAAGGUUUUGCAUCCAAAUCUGCUGACCUGCCUGACUCGUGGGUGUAAUCCCGGUUUUCUGUGACUGACACUACAGCGCGGUUCGGGCCGAGGUUCCUCGUGCAGCCUUUGGCCCGCACAUCUGUCUCCACUUUCUCCCCCUGCUAACAGUGAUUAAAUCCCAGCACUUCAUCUUUUUUUCCACGCACUGCAGAUUCUCCGCCCUCCUACAAUCUCCCCACUCAUCAUCUUCGCCUCUGACCUUUGUUCCACUUGUCCAACAUCCUUAAUCUCUUCAGUUUUUUCUCUCUUUUUCACAAUCCCCCAUGAAUCAAUCACAGCAACUGCUGAGCUCAGUUCUCCUGUAGUGUCAGAGGAAAGUCCUCGUUCUUGUGUUCCUCCUCUACGUUGGACCCAGUCAGGUGGAAAUUUUGUUUUUUGGAGGCUAAAGCUAAUUCUUUUCACCCAAUUGAUUCCCAUUUACAAUGAUUUUGUUGUGGAAUUGAGGGACAACAAAGUUAGCAUCUUCUAUUCUCAUGCUUUUACACGGUAAUAUCAAACUUGAACUACACAUCUAACAUCCACCCACCUUCAUAACCCGCCAAAUCCCUUUCGGGGUCACAGUUUUGGGUGAAGCUGAACAGGUCACUAGUGUGUUUCAGGGGUCAAACACUUCCCGUCAUCUUGCAGUGUUGACACGCCUACGUUGGACACUAUUUAUCAAGAAAACUGAAGUAUUUUUCCAUCAGAAACGCAACAAUGCUGGAGAAAAUGUCCAGACGCAACCGCUCCCUCCUGUCCCUGGGCCUCACGUCUUUGGCCCUCACGCUGUCCGUGUCGGCUUUCUGCACCUCCUACUGGUGUGAAGGGACGCAUAAGGUGGUGAAGCCGGUCUGCCUGUCGCCUGUGAAGAUGAAAAACUGUGGGAGGAACAACAGCCAACCGUACACCACAGUGGCCCCCACUCCAGACCCCAAGAGCCCCGUGUCCAACGUGACCCUGUCCCCUCUGCAGAAGGAGGAACUGGCCCUGAUAAGGAAAAAGAAACUAGCCAACGCUGUCCAGUACAUCUGGGAGACGGGGGAAGACAAGUUCAUGCUCAGAUACUUCCACACUGGUUUCUGGCUCUCUUGUGAGAAACACAAUGAAGGUGAUGAUCAGGAGGAAAAGUGUCGCAGUUUCAUCGAACUGACACCAGGAGAGACACAAGGCGUGCUCUGGCUGUCCGUCAUCAGUGAGUUCAUGUACAUCGGUCUUUUGGCGAUGGGGUUCCUGCUAAUGUGCGUUGAAGCCAUGUGCCUAUGUGCCAAAAGAGAGAUGAGCUCCCUCAAGAUCAACGCCUUUGCCGCCAUGUGCACUGUUCUCUCAGUGUUUCAAAUGACUGUCAGCAUCGGCCCCAAGGACUGGAGGCCACAAUCCUGGGACUAUGGAUGGUCUUUUGCCUUGGCAUGGCUUUCGUUCAGCUGUUGCAUGGCAGCUGCCGUGGCAACGCUCAACUCAUACACCAAGACAAUCAUUGAGAUGAAGCAUCGCGCCAGGAUACGGCUGGAGGAGGCCCGAGCCGCCUCCAUCGCCCCCUCCUAUGAGGAAGUCGUUCGAGCCGGAGGAGGAAGUGUUUACUCAGUCAGCCAGCUCAUUCAGCUCGGCCAACAAGGAGCCCUAAUGGACCCCAUGUGGCCCAAAGGAGUGGGGUCAGCUGUUGGACCUGUGGCGUGCGGUGCUGGGGGGGCCUUUCUGGUUGGAGGGGGCGGAAUUGGAGUUGGCGGCAUCGGUAGUGUUGGAGUGGGAAAAGGAGGACCUGGAAUGGUGGGAAUUGGAGGAAUGAGCGCUGAUGGAAGCGGUGUCAGGAUGGGACUAGGAGGAGUCGGGGGACCGGGAGGGGGACGCCUGAUGGAGCCACAUGGAAUGGUGGUUGUAGAAGGAUGCGGCGCUGAAGGAUGUGAGGAGUGUGAACGAGAGAUGGACGAGAUUGAUUACGCUCGACAAGAGGGGAGACGGGACUCACUCUGCUAGGACUUCAGAAAGCAAAAUAUAUUUGAAAAAACUUGAACAAACCCUUUAAAACUGCGCAAGUUUUUGUACACUGAUUCAUGUCCGAUUUAAAGUGAAACUUUUUGUUGAAGGUAAAAUUUCCAUUUAGUUUCAUGAAUACUUGGGAGCGUAAAGACAAAAAGAAGACUCAGCUUUGAUGACAAUCUCACAGUUUUGGAACAUCACAUCAAUGUGUAGACAUCUAGUUUCAUUCAAUAAAAAUGCUUUGGUAAAAUAAUCAGCUCUUCUUUGUUGAGAAUGGGGACAUCUAAUACAUAAAAUGUCUCUACUAGUGACUUUUGCUUAAAUACAAAUGUGUUGAAGUGAUUUAUUUUUGAAAAGACUUUAACUCAUUUGAGACAGUGAGUUCUUACUCCAAAAACACAGUAUUUGACUGGAAAACAAUAAUUUGUCGAUUCCAAAUGGCGAUAUAACAUUGAUAGGCAAACCAACUGUGUCUUUAAGUGGUGAAAUGUCUACCUUUUUAAAUCAAUUUACAACAUGUCAGUGAAAACAUAACAAUGGAGUGGUCCUCUUUUUAAAAUUUAGCGAAAAAAAAUAAAAAUUAAGGAUUACGCUAAAUAUCCAGGAGUCUACUCUCACGAAUAGUGCUGCAUCAAAGUGAAAACAAUCUGAGGGUAGCAUGUAAAACACAGUACAAUAAAAAAAAUCAUGAAAAUAAAACCAGACACAAUUAGGAUCAACUUUAAGCUUUUGAUUGAUUGAUUUAUUGGUUUAUUUCAAGCAUUAAUUGUAGACCUUACAACAAGAAAUCCCAUAGAUAAAUCGACGUCACUACAGAAAUAAUAAAUAAUUGAUUUAAAACAUAAAAAACAAAGAAAAAAAA